AACUAAGAUCAUGUGACCUAAUUAUUAUGAUUAAAUUAAUCAAUGAAACUCUUUAUCGAAAUUUCGUUUAUUUUUCUUAUGUGAGUGUCAACUCAUUCACUCACUCACUCACACACGCACUCACUCACUCGGUUACCAUAGUGAUAUUAAACUCUUUGGAAUAUACAAUUUGAUUGAUUAAAAAUAUACAACAUUCAUUUUUGAUUGUUAGUUUAUUUAACCAAUUAGAGGAAUAAUCUCAAUUCAGACCUAUUUAAAGGUGUAUCAUUAAUAGAUUACUAUUAGAUUAGAUUCUAUUUGAACUACUAUCAGUUGUAUGAAUUAUGGAAUAUAAUCACCAUGAUAUUCAUCAACAUGAUGUGAAUGUAAAUUCUAUGACAACAAUUAAUCAUAUAGCUAAUGGAAAUGAAGGAUUAUUUCUUAGUUCUUCUUAUUUAGGUAUAUAUCUAUUAUGUUUAGGAUUAUGGUGGUGGAUUCAAGCAUUGAGGCAACGUUAUUCUUCUUCUUCUUCUUCUUCUUCCAUAAAACAUAAUGAUCAUCAUCAUCAUGAUAAUGAUAAUGAUGGAUAUCAUAGGAGUACUACAACAAUUGGAUCAUGGUGUUGUCAAUCUCGUUUAUGUGAAGGUAUAUGUAAAAUAGUUUGUUGCCUUAUUGGUAUCGUUGUGGAAUUGAUCACAUUGAAAUUAGGUCGUGAUCAUGAAUAUGCACAAUUUCCAUUUUAUACAGCUAUGACAACUGCAGGUUUAUUAGAUAUACUCAUGUCUACCAUUAUGGCACCACCGAAAGGAUUGGAUUCAAUGAUCUAUGCAUUACCAUUCUUUGUACAAACUUAUUGUCUAAGAGCUCAAUCAUAUCAACAACCACAUAUCACAGAAACAUGUCGUUUAUUAAUUAGUUAUUGGGCAUUUAUAGUUGGUUCAUCUAUUCUAAAUGAAAUGAUCAUGAAUGAGAAUAAAUCGUCAUCAUCAUCAUCAUCCUUAUUAUGGAUCUGGAUCAAAUGUUUCACUGUGAUCUUUCAUGGAUCAUGGAUAUGUCAAACAGGAUUUUUAUUAAAUUCACCAUUCAAUCCAUCAUGGAAUGAAAAUGAUCAUGACAAAGUGAUGUAUACCACGAUUAUAUUUGUAUGGUAUAUGUUAUUUGUUAUGAUUGCACAAUUAACACUACUAAUUAUAGUAGCUAAAUGUUAUGGUGUAUCACCGAAUUGGACUGAAUCGAUUGAUUCGUCGCUGAAAAGGAAGACAUCUCAUAAAAAUGAUAGACAGUCGUUGAAUCCAUCGAAUUCAUUGAAUACAUAUGAUAAUAUUGAAUAUACAAAAUUAUUGAAUACAGAUUAUAUUGAAUAGUUAUUUAUGAAGAUUGGUAGUAAUAAUAAUGAUGACAAUACAAUUAUUGUUGCCAUGGUUACUAAUUAUAGUAAUGACAUGUGAUUGAACAUUGAAUUAGUUGGAUUGUAUCUUUAAUGAAUUGAUAUUGUGAUUGUUGUCAUGGUUGUUGUUGUUGUUGUUGUUGCGUUUUCUAUUUUCUUCCGUUUUGUAAAAGUUUCAUUGUUUAUUCCAAUGAAAAGAUGAUAAAGAGUUUUUUGUUUUAUUUUAAUGGUAUGAUAUUUUGUUCAUGUUUACUUGUAUAGAUUGUUUGAAUAUUCAUAAGCAAAUAGAACAAAGUUAAUUUAUAGAUCA